GUUGAUGCAAGUUUACCUUUGCUACCGCUGGAUUGUCGGCGCAAAAUGUGGCUGUUUUCCGCGUUUUUCGCGAUGGACAUCCGAGAACCGCCAGUUCCGGCACUUCCGGAAGUCGCGAUGUGUUUAGUGCGGCCGUAAAUACCGAACAAGAUUAGAAUUUUUUUAUGAUGAACAAACAAGAAUUCGUGUUAGGCAAAUAUAAUUAUCUUCGUAAUCAUUUUUAAUGCUGCGGUGUUCAGUGUACGAUAGAAAACAGUGGGCUGUGAAUGCAAAUAGGUGGUCACGUGCUGUGUUCAACGUCAUUUACCUGAAAAAAGUGGUAUUGUCUUGUAAUUGAUAAACCAAAUAUGUUGGGUAAAAAUAAACAAAGCUGAUUGUGUGUGGUAACGAGACCUUCGGGCGAAUUUUGCAACAGGUUUUAAAGUUCUUGGUGUUGUGAUUUUCGGCGACAAAUGGUUUGUGGUUGUGAAAAUGGCUUACGUCAUAUGGAGAGUUGUCAUGAAGAAGUACUCGAGGAUCAGGUUGGGGCUAAAUGGAGCAUCGGUGACCCCUACUGGCCGCCACGUCCUCACCUACGACGAGGAGUCGUGGAAGCCAACCGCCGAGGACUCCAAAUCGGACGACAUCAGCCGCACCUCCGAGACCCGCCAGAGCACGACGAAGCGCGUCAAGAAGUACCUAAAGAAGUGCAAAAAUGCGCUCAAGAGCGGCAGCGCGGACAGCCACUCCGAGGAGACCUCCUCGACGGCGUCCUGGUACCUGGAAGAGCUCAUCAACGAGAGCGAGAUCCACGAACUUGACGACAUCUACGAAGACGCCCAGCCGGUGGGUGCGGUCGACAAUAGUGACAAGUACCAAGUGGCCAGUGUUGUGGAUGUUAAAAAAAACAAGUGUGAGGCCGCGUCUGACGCCGCCGAUUCCUCUCCUACUUUGACAGAAGAGCAAGGGAAGGUUGAUGGAAAUGAAGGCGAUGUUAAUGGCGCCGAGGGAGAGAAGCCGCAAGCGAUGGCUAAGAGUGAUGUCGCCAGCUUGGUAGAAAAGUAUUUCGGGAGUCUGUAUGAGAACUAUCAACAUUCGAAGAAGUGUUUGGUUAGGCAAGCUAGGGAUUUGCUCGUCUGUGAAUAUCAUGGGUGUUUACACAGAUUUGAGAAUGAAUUCUGCAUACAGGCCGCUAAGCUUCUGCAACGUGUUAAGUGCAAGACCCCCUUGGACGGUUCCGCCCCCCUAGGAUGGCCCCUGUGCCUCGGUCCCUCCGGUGUAGUGAUCCACCUGGGCCCUCUCGACCCUUCCGUGGUGCGAAACAGCGACUGCUACCUGUGCAUUAGAAGCCGCAGCGCCCCAGGCCUCGAGCUGGCCCUGAUCUGGCGCCAGCACUCCCGAAUCCACUGCCACACCAUAGCCGAAUUCAAGAAUCCCCUCGAAAGCCUGGACGACAUAAUGUGUUCAAACCUGCGUUCGGCAGCCGACCUGGAACUCACCUCUUACGACGACUACGACGGCGCCGAGCUGCCCGAACUCCUCCAGAACCUGCUGGUCUCGGUGGAGCACGCCAUCGAGAGGGUGCCUCUCGACGACCUGACGUUUCCGUGUCCUCAGUGUCUUCAGUAUUUGCCUUUGGAUAGGCGGGAAGACGAUGUGAUGUCUUGUGCCUGUCAGUGUUCGUGUAGGUUGCCCGAGAGCCCGGUGCUCAAGAGGGACUCCUCCAUGCAGACUAGUCCGAUGUUCGAGUUUGCCGGGUCGAUACCGCACAUAGAUAGUGAUGAGGAAGACGAUCGGGACUCCAUCAGAAGCGGAUCUUCGAAUCGAAAGGUGGAAAUCGCCAGGCCGAAAAGGAUAACGGAUCUGCCAGAUAAGCUUCUCAUGUCCGGAAUCAAUUUGCCAGGCACUGCGGAUAAUGACGGAAGACCGAUUGUUUUGUGCUAUGCGGAGUGUGUCGCAAGAGCUGGACUCAACAAGUACGAGAUCGCCAAGCUCCUGUUGUACUACUCUUCGAUACCCACACUCGACUGCACGAAGAAAGGGUUCACGAUUUUGCUUCUAGCCGAAAACGAAUCCAACUACAAAGUCCUGGAACUUCUGGACAAGUCCGUGUUGUUGAUAGCCAAUAGUAUGAAAGUGGCGAGGUUCUUGGUCUGGAAACCGGGAGCCGAUAAGAAGAGUCAAGUGGUAACUAGUCGAAUUCAGGUCACCGUCGUCACCGACGAGUCGACCCUCCUGCAAUACCUAUCAAAAGAAGAAACCCCAGCCAGCUGCGGCGGUUCCUGCAGCCACGACCAACUCGAGUGGGUGGAGUUCUUCAAGCAGUUCGAACCCUUCCUAGCCUCCUGCAAAACAGCAGGACGCAGCCUCCUCUCCGCUUUAUCGCAACUGCGUAACGAAGACAUCCCUCAUCAGAUAACCCGCAGAUUUCUGAAUCACCAGUGCAGACAAAUCACCAAGGCCCUGGACUUGGACCACGUCCAGAAGCUGCGUCGCGACGGCCCCAAGACGCUAUCCAGCCUGAAGGAACGCUCCCAAUGGCUCGGCGGCAGCAGGGACGUCAAACGGAACGUCAGCUUCUCGGAGGCGUCGUUCAACUCCGUGGACAGGGUCACCAGGAAGCUGGAACAGCUGCGCCAGGAGAGGAUGGAGCGGCUGAAGGAGCUCGCCAGGUUCAACACCCUCAAGGAGGAGGCCGAGGAACUCCUGUCGUGGUUCCGCAAGGCCGGCGAGGACAACCUCAACAGUCUGACUCUGAAGCUGCGGUCGGCGGCGGACGUUGUCGGUGUCAAGGAGGUGGCCAACGAUUUUGAAAAGCUGGAUUUCAUAGCGUGGAGACAAUUCGAGAAAUCAACGGAUUUGCUCGAAGAAUGCAAGAACAUCAGCGACCCCAGAGAGCAGAACUUGAAGGAGACGAACAGCAGCCGCCAUCUUCUGGACAAGUAUCAGAGUCUGAAGGAUGCGACGGCGAACCUUCAAGUGCAGAUGAAGACGUUCAGGGAGAAUUUGGAGGACACGAGGGAGAGGCUGGAGGAGUGUACGAGGUGUUUCCUUUUGUUGGAUUCGUGCGGGGAUGUGCUGGAGGAUGAUGGGAAGGAUUUGCAGGAUUUCGUGCGAUGGGCGGAGAAGUCCUGCAACGAUAAGCUCCUGCAAAAGUGGAGGGCUAUCAAGCGAAAGGAAGAAUGCAUCACCGUCCAGCCCCCCGACAAGUACCCCAGCGACCCCCCAACCGCCACCAGCACCCCCGUAAAAUCUCACAAUACUCAAAUCCGCCGCAGAUCUGUAAGUUCCCUGGCCUACAUCUACCACUGCAACCACCACGCCGCAGGCGAACUGUGCAACUGCUGCGAAUCCGACACCGAGAACACCGUUUCGUACAAACUCAAGAAAAAGUACAUCCAAACCCUCCAAACGUGCGUCUGCAGAGACACCCUAGAACGUAAGAACAGCGCCACCCUCGACGGCAUCAAAGAAGAACGCGAAAGCGUGGAGGACCUCCUCGAGAAAAUGGACGACCAUCGGUGCGACAGCGGCCUGUCGACCGCGGACAAUUCUGUGGGUGAGGAAAGUGUUUGCAACAAGAAAAAACUCCAAAGGACAUGUUCGUGCCAGUAUUACCGCGAAAGUUGUGCUGCGUGCAGUGCGGGAAGUUCGAGUGCGGGUUCUAAUCAAGAUCACACGGAUAACCAGCAGGACAGUAUCAUCGAGGAGGGAAGCGAUGGCUUCAUCAAGAGCAACAGCAGCGACGACAUCGAAGAAGAGCACUACAGCGAAGAAAGAAGAAAAGUGCCUCCGAUUGCGGCCAAUAACCACCUGUAUUGUCACGCGUCGAGUCUCGAUCUUCCUUCUGAUGCUUUGUACAGUAACAUGGAUCCAAAAACACAAAAGACUGUAACUUUUAUCAUCAAGGAGAUGAUUGAGACUGAACGCGAUUAUGUCAAAUCCUUGGACUACGUCAUUGUCAAUUAUAUACCGGAGUUGAUGAGGGAGGAUAUUCCACAGGCUUUGAGGGGUCAGCGGAACAUCAUUUUCGGCAACGUCGAGAAGAUCUACGAAUUCCACAGUCAGCACUUCCUUCUGGAACUGGAAAGCUGCGAAAGUAACCCUCUACAAGUUGGACAGAUUUUCCUCAAGCACGACAAGAAGUUUUACUUGUAUGCGCUCUAUAACAAGAACAAACCAAAGUCGGAUUCGUUGAUGUCCGAGUAUGGAUCUUUGUUCUUCAAGAGCAAACAACUGGAACUUAAAGACAAAAUGGAUUUGGCUAGCUACUUGUUGAAGCCGGUACAAAGGAUGGGCAAGUAUGCCCUUCUUCUCCAACAAAUGAUGAAAGCGGUGGGUCCUUCCAUAGAACGAAUCCAGGAACUCGAAGACUUGAAGCAAGCCGAAGAAAUGGUUAGGUUUAAGUUGAGGCACGGCAACGACUUACUUGCCAUGGAUUCGAUAAGAGAGUGUGAUGUGAAUCUCAAAGAACAAGGAAGUUUGUUGCGCCAGAACGAGUUCUUGGUGUGGGAGGGUCGCAGUGGAAAAAAGUCGCUAAGACAAGUGUUCCUUUUUGAAGAGUUGAUACUGUUUAGUAAGGCUAGAAGAUUCCCGGAUCGUAAGAAUCUAGAUCUGUACAUUUACAAGAACAGUAUCAAGAUGACUGACAUUGGAUUGACGGCGAAGAUUGGCGACAGCGCCACUAAGUUCGAAAUUUGGUUCAGGAAAAGGAAACCCAACGAUACUUUCACGUUGCAGGCGAUGUCGGAGGAUGUCAAGAAGGCUUGGAUUGAGGAAUUGUCCCAAUUGUUGUGGAGGCAGGCUAUCAAAAACAGAGCCGUCAGGAUGGCCGAAAUGUCUUCAAUGGGCAUCGGAAACAAGCCUUGCUUGGACAUCCGGCCCAGCGCCGACCAAAUCAGCGACCGCUCCAUCAGCGUGGACCAACUCAGUAGAAAAAUCACCACCCCGUUGUUUCCUUGUAAGAUACCGGAAUGCGCCUGCCUGCGUUGCUGUAGCGACCUUAGCGCUUAUCUAACCAGUAGUACUCUUAACCUGCAUGAUGCCGCCCCAAGAUUCCGAAAUUCGAUCGUGGGUCCAGUCGUAGAGUCGUGCAGGAAUGCGAAGAGACCGCAUUCGGUGAUUUCCAUGUCGUCGAGUGUUUCUUCGGGGAGCACCAGUUCCGCCAACAGCGGAGGACCGAAUAAUUCGAUGAAUCUCAGUUUCGAAUCGGCUUGCGAUAGUCCCAAGCCCUACCAUAGAUCUGCCACUUUGAAUAGCCAGUGCUCCACGGGUGUGUACAGUUUUAACGAUUUAGAAAGUGGGAUCAUCGCCGACAUGUCGAUGGGUUCCGACGAGUGUUCAGAGCAGACCCACACUGGCCUUUAGAGAAUCAAAUUUGCGGUUAGUUUAGGGAAUUUUGGCUGUUUUAAGUCAACACACACCAUGUGCCAGAUAAUCUACCAGUUAGCUUUAAGUUAUUCUAUAUUUUUAUUAUAUGAAAACAUAACGAUUAUUUAAGCACUGUUUUAUGUCAUAGAAUGUAUUAUUGUUAUGGCAUCGAAACACUAAAUAGGUAUUGUACAUAUUUUAAGAUGUAUGUUUAUUUAUAUAUGAUUAACAGAAUUUCCAUCAUUGAAAGUCUAGUAAAUUUUAUUCUCGUUGUGUACGUACUUUGUACUUAAAUUGUUUUUCCCAUGAGCUAACAUUAUGUGCACAUGUUUUUUCAAUUUACAAACACAACACUCACCAUAGAUCAGGGAUUUUUCAUCUGCUUCUAACAGAAUUUUAGAUAGUGUCUAUCUUAUAAAUUUGUGCGAGUAAAUUUACAGCAACCACUAAUUUUACGAUAGAGAUGUAUAGCGAAGUACAUAUGCAUGUAUGAUUUUUAUAUUAAAAUUGUAGUCAUAAAUAUAUAAUAAAUAUGUAUAAAAGCUA